CAUUAGAUUUAAUCUAAUGACAUAUAUUUUUGGUGUACACUCCCUCAAUAACCAAAUUUAACGAUUUUAAACAAAAAAAAGUUGAAAAGCUGAAUGGAGAGUUCAAGCAUUACAAAAACUUGUGACUGUAAGGGCAAAAGAACUUGUCUUCUUUGUGAAAAGCUUCUUGAUAAAACUCCAAAAAACUAUUACGAAGAGUAUAAAAGUCGGCUAUUUUUUUCCUAUUGUCCAACCUGUGAGAAAAUCUACAAAUGUUGGGAAUCCAUCAAUGGAUGUGAUGACCAUGAAUCAAUGACGGGACACAAUUUUCCAGGAGUGUGUAUUAUACUUGAAUUUAUAUCAUCUGAGGAAGCUGAUUCGCUUGUAAAAGCUGUAGAUAAAAAUUUGGGAUGGGAUACAUCACAAAGUGGAAGAAGAAAGAAAAAUUUUGGCCCCAAAGUAAAUUUUAAAAAGAAAAAACUUUCGAUUGGGAAGUUUGAAGGAUUUCCUCCAUGCACCCUCUUUUUAAGGCAACGAUUUAAAAACGUCGACUUUCUAAAAGACUUUAUCACUAUUGAGGAAUGCUUUCUAGAGUAUGAUACGAACAGAGGAUCUCAUAUAGAUCCACAUAUUGACGAUUGUUGGAUAUGGGGUGAACGAAUUGUGACUGUCAACUGUUUAGGAAAUUCUGUCCUCACAUUAACGAAACAUAUUCCGAUGUACGAUAAACAAUAUAAUAUAGAUUCAAUGGAAAGUUAUGAAAGCCAACUUAUUGUUCCUUUAGUAAAUGAAGUUCCCGAUAAUAUUGUUAUUCGAAUUCCUAUGCCAGAAAGAUCAUUAUUGAUAAUGAGUGGACCUGCAAGAUAUCAGUAUGAACAUUCUGUUCUUAGAGAAGAUAUAUUUUCAAGACGAGUUGCAAUUGCGUACAGAGAAUUUACAUUUCCUUAUCAAAAAGGUAACUCAAAAUAUGAUGAAGCUGAGAAAAUUUAUAAAAUUUGUGAAUCAAAAUGACUUAUCAAAUAAAUAAAUAAUAAAGAAGAAAUGUAUGUAAGUAGACGUCAAAUCAUUUCUUUUGAAGGCUGUUUUAUAACAUUUUGUACCUUCAUCCAAUCUUUACGGUGGCCUUUGAAUUUAAC